AUGGUUUCUGAUUUAUCGGAUCAAGAAAACACUUUUGAUGAUCAAGAAACACAACUUUCGAUCUUAGAGGCUUAUGUCACAAACAAUACCAAACCUCCAGUAAUACGACGUAAUCCUAGACCUGGAGUGCAUAUUUAUUGGCGACGACGUUCAUUUGAAUACGGUUCAAACGAUGGCAAUGUUGACAGUUCUUUAGCGGCUAGCAUCUUACGUUGUUUGAGCAACAACGAUGAAACAUCUCUGUCUGCAGUUCAUCCUACCCAGCUUGAGUCUAAUUCGACUGAAGACAGCGCUGUGAGAUUUUCUGAAGUUCUGUCCACUCUUGAUUGCGAUGAUCCGGCUUCUGUUGCUCAACAUUUGUUCUCAAUUUUAAGUUCUACUAAUGAUAACGACCAAUUACAGAACGAACUUAUCGAUUUGUUUGGACUGGAUCAGUUCGACUUAGUUAGUAAAAUUUUAUCGUCGAGACAGGCUUUUUUGGAGGAUUGUAGAUCCUGCCUAAACUUGUUGCAGUUAGUGUCGCUUGACCAAACACAGGCAAAGAAAAAGAAGGAGCCAGUUUGCGGUCAACAGAUCACAGUUCACUCAAGUAGUGAUCUCCAUGUUCGUAAACUAGCUAAACGUCAGAAGAAACAUCUUAAUAAGCUGAUUGUUAAAUUUAAUCAUCAAAUUAAUGAAGAUGGCAAGUCGGAGUGGGAACGGUUGCAGAAUGAGAUCGCAAGAAAUAGCGAUGAAACAGUGUUUACAGAACAAUGGGUAGAGACUUCGCCUAGAAGUCAAACACCUCUUCCUGAAGAUUAUCCAUUUGUAUACAAUGCCUGCCAUGAGAAUAAUUCACAUAAUUAUCCAUUUGUAUACGAUGCCUGCCAUGGAAAUGAUUCACAGAUGUUCAAUUUUAGUGGAGCUGAAUUGUGUUUACCAAACAACUGUUCUCGUCACAAUUAUGGUGUUUAUGAGGAAAUUCAUGUUCCGGCAGUGACUGCUCCCCAGAUUAAAGAAAUGAAUCAGAUGAAUAUUGACGAGUUUGAUGAUUUCGCAAAAAAAUGCUUCCAUGGUUUUGAAAAACUGAAUGUUAUUCAGUCUGUGGUAUUCAAUCAGGCUUACAACUCACAAGAGAACCUUCUGAUCUGUGCGCCAACAGGGGCAGGCAAGACGAAUAUUGCACUGCUGUCGAUUUUAAAUACUCUCCGUAAAUAUUUGGGAGACAGCAAAGUUUGUAGAAACGAUUUCAAGAUCAUUUACAUUGCACCAAUGAAAGCAUUGGCUACGGAAAUGACUGCAAAUUUCAUGAACCGACUAGGAAAACUGAAUAUACGAGUGCGAGAACUGACUGGUGAUAUAAAACUCUCAAAAAAAGCAAUUGCUGAAACACAGAUGCUUGUUUUGACUCCUGAAAAAUGGGAUGUUCUGACACGAAAAUCUAUGGAAACACCAAUAAUGAAAUUGGUCAAACUACUGAUCAUCGAUGAAGUUCAUUUAUUACAUGAUGAUCGUGGACCUGUAAUUGAAACAAUUGUCGCAAGAACUCUUCGACAAGUUGAAAUGAGUCAGGAAGCAAUCCGAAUUGUUGGUCUUUCUGCAACACUGCCCAAUUAUGUUGAUGUUGCUAGAUUUUUGCGCGUGAAUCCUUCCAAGGGAUUGUUCUUUUUCGAUAGUCGUUUUCGACCUGUUCCUCUUUUUAUUGGUGUUCGCAAUCCACCACUUGAUGAAGCAAAUGUAAUGCGUGAAAUGGAUGAAAUAUGUUAUGAUAAAGUGCAUCAGUUUGUCAAAAAUAAGCAUCAAGUUUUAGUUUUCGUGACUGCGCGUAAUGCUACUUCAAAGUUAGCUCAUACUUUUCGAGAUCAAGCGUCUAAAAAGGGACAUUUGAAAGACUUCUUGCCUGCAAAUUUGGAUUCUCCAAGUUAUAAGAGUUCAUCUAAAUCUGUAAAGUCUUGUCGAAAUGGUAUGAUAAUAGAGUUAUUCCAACUUGGUUUUGGUAUUCAUCAUGCUGGGGUACCGCGUCGGGAACGUUUGUUGACUGAGAAGUUGUUUGCGAGAGGUCACAUUACUGUUCUUUUUUGUACUUCGACUCUCGCAUGGGGUGUCAAUUUACCUGCUCAUGCUGUCGUAAUUCGAGGUACUGAAAUCUUUGACAUUCAUCGAGGCAUUUAUUGUGACAUGGGCGUUCUCGAUGUGCAGCAGAUUUUCGGUCGUGCUGGUCGUCCACAGUAUGAAACUGCAGGACAUGGCAUUGUCAUUACUUGGAAAAGAAAUUUAUCAAAAUAUCUGAACAUGCUGCUUCGACAAGCGCCCAUUGAAAGUCAGUUCAUUUCUCGAAUUUGCGACAAUUUGAAUGCUGAAGUUGCUUUGGGAACUGUGUUGAGCAUUUCGGAAGCAGUUGAGUGGCUUAAAUACACAUAUUUUUUCAUCCGUGCCAAAUUAAAUCCUCUUGCAUACGGUAUUCCUCAUAGUCAUUUGAGUCGUGAUCCUGAAUUAAGCGAUUUUUUAACUCAUGUGGUAACCGAGGCUGCAAAGAAAUUGGACAUGAAUGAAAUGAUUCGAUUUGAUGAAAUCAACGGGUACGUAGUGUCAACAGAUCUUGGGCGAAUAGCUUCAAAUUAUUACAUUCGAUAUGAGACAAUUGAAAUUUUUUUGAAUAGUUCGACUGAAGUGAAAUUGCAGCCAAUUAUGACUGAUGAUAUGAUAUUAAUGCUUAUUGCUUCAGCAACAGAAUUCAGUCAAGUCAAAUUACGUGACGAGGAAUUCGCAGAACUUCAAGAACUUGCUAAUAUUUGUCCCUUACGUUUGAAGAGAGGUGUUCUUUCAACUGUAUGCGGAAAAGUGAACUGUUUGAUGCAGGCUCACAUUUCACGAGCGGGGAUUCGAACAUAUUCAUUGCUUUCGGAAUCGCAGUUUGUUCAGGGAAACUCUGACAGGCUUUGUCGUGCAGUGUUUGAAAUAGCAUUGAAAAAAGGUUGGGCUCAAGCGGCUAAUGGAGCAUUAGUCUUGGCAAAGUGUUUAGAUAGACAAAUAUGGGUGUUUCAGACACCGCUGAGACAACUUGAUUUUAUUCGUAUGGACUGGAUCAACAAAAUUGAACGAAAAAAUCUUAGAUAUUAUCAGUUGUAUGAAAUGAGUGAAAAAGAGUUAGGUAGCAUGUUAAAUUGUGACGGACGUACAAUAUAUCAGGCAGUGCGCAUGUUGCCGGUAUUGCUUGUAGAUGCUGCUAUUAAGCCAGUUACAAGCACUAUCAUCCAGGUAUCAGUAACUGUAACUCCAGACUUUCAGUGGUAUGAUAAUUUUCAUGGUCCUAUGAAUGGCCUAGUUUUCUGGAUUUUUGUGGAAGACAUAGAUGAAAAUUUUAUUCUUCAUCAUGACCAAGUACUACUCAGUAAAAAAAAAGUUCGCAAC